UGUAAGCUCAGUUAGCGACAACAUCUUGAUUAGUGAAGUUUAAUGUCAAGUUGAAGGUAAAAAAGCCGAAGAAUUGUAAUCAAAAUACACACAUUGAACGUGGGGUAUUUAGAAGCCAAAAAUUUCGACUCUUCGUUCCGACUCGCAACAAUUUCACCGCAUUCAAUUCAUUGAGCAAUUGAAUGUUGUAUUUAAAAAAAAAUUAUAGAUUUUGCACACAGUGAAUAGUGUUUAUUGUUAUUUUAAUCAAUAGAAGUGAAGACAAGGAAAAAAGGUGUAACAUUUCAAUGAAACCUUAAAACUUUGAGAAACAGGGGCAGAUAUAGAAAAUUGCAACCAAAAAAAAGAAGACUCAAGAACAUUUUCAAACACUCGAACACAAAGCUAGAAUAACGGAAAUUUAAUCGAGUGUUUAUUUGUAUUUUGUGUGUGCGUAUAAAUCGAAGGCGAUGCCUUAAAAACUAUACUGUGAACAAGAGAAGACAAAGAGAGUGAAAAAAGCACUAGCAACAGUAGCAGCAGUGAGACGGCAUUUGUUUGGACAAAGGACAUUAACCAACCCGCAGCCCGGCAAACAUGUACUAUGUACUGAAGCAACACACCAAAGCAAACCGAGCACACAAUUUUCAAAUUAUUGGAUAUUGAAAACUGACAACAACGGAAGCACAAGUCAAAAUGGAUAGCAAAAUGUUUUUACCCAUUAAAUCAAAUAUUUCAACGGCAUCGUCGGUGACCAACGGGACGAUAGCCAGCGCAGAGGACAUCACAGUCACUAGCAGUUCAACACAAACGCCAUGCGAUUUAAGCCCACUGCCAAUUAAUGAUGACAUGCUGCCACAGGCACAUCAUCAAAAUCCCGGACACUGUAUCGCCUCAUUUGCGGCCAUCAAUCAAAUGCGACAAAAUUCACAGCUGUGUGAUGUCAUCCUUGAAGUGAGUGGAGAGAAGAUAAAUGCGCAUCGAGUGGUGUUGGCAUCGGUUAGCCCAUAUUUUUAUGCAAUGUUCAAUGAUGAUAUGAUUGAACGGAAUAGUGUGAAUGUUAAGCUACAUGAUGUCGAUCCAACGGCAUUACGACAACUUAUCGAUUAUGCGUACACAGGAGAAAUCACAAUCAGCGAGGACAAUGUUCAGGUUCUAUUACCCGCGUCGAGCUUACUGCAAAUUCAUUCGGUGCGUGAAGCAUGCUGUAAAUUCCUGCUGCGACAACUUCAUCCAUCGAAUUGUUUGGGCAUUCGCAGUUUUGCAGACGCCCAUUCUUGCAAAGAGCUACACACGAGGUCACACAAAUAUGCACUUCAGAAUUUCCAACAGGUGGUUUCAACUGAAGAAUUCCUUUUACUACCAUUCAGUGAAGUAAACGAUUUAAUUUCCAACAAUCAAUUGAACAUUUGCUCCGAAGAGAAGGUGUUUGUUGCCGUAUUGAAUUGGCUGAAACAUGAUAUCACCGAUCGUAAGCAGCACAUUGCCGAGCUGAUGAGCCAUGUACGAUUGCCGUUAGUUUGUCGCGAAUUUUUAAUGACAUGUGUCGAAACGGAACCGCUUAUACGCGAAGAUACACAAUGCAAAGAAUUGCUACUCGAAGCCAUGAAGUACCAUUUAUUGCCGGAGCAAAGAAGCUCGAUGACGACACAACGAACACUUGAACGUCGACCCGAUGGCAUGAAAUCGUAUAUGUUUGCCGUUGGUGGCGGUAGUCUUUUUGCGAUCCAUAAUGAAUGCGAAUGCUACAACCCUAGAACCAAUGCGUGGAUGCCGAUUGCGUCGAUGUUAUGGCGACGAAGUCGUUCCGGCGUGACCUCGUUGCGUAAAAUGCUGUAUGUGGUUGGCGGAUUCGAUGGUGUUACGGAUCUCUCAACAGCCGAAGUGUACAAUCCAAUGACAAAUGCAUGGCAAUACAUAACACCGAUGGGAACGAAACGCUCGUGUUUGGGCAUUUGCUCAUUCGAUGGAUUAAUCUACGUUGGUGGCGGCUAUGAUGGUGCAAGUUUUCUGUCGAGCUUCGAACGAUAUGAUACAUUGACGGGUGUGUGGAGUUCGUGUCCGACGAUGAGUACACGGCGCCGUUAUUGCCGAUUGGCCGUUAUCGAUAAUUGCAUCUAUGCUCUUGGUGGCUUCGAUCAAAACACUUAUCUAUCAUCGGUGGAGAAAUUUGAUCCACGUGUCGGACGCUGGAUGACCGUACCAGACAUGACAUCCCGACGAAGUAGCUGCGGUGUUGCAGCAAUCGACGGUAAUUUAUACUGUAUCGGUGGCAAUGAUGGUACGAUGUGCAUGUCAAGCGGUGAACGAUUCAAUGUGCGUCGUAAUGAAUGGGAACCAAUCGCAGGCAUGCUUUCCAGAAGGUCGUUGCAUGAAGUCGUUGAGAUUGAUAGCUUUUUGUAUGCGAUUGGCGGUAAUGAUGGCAGUUCAUCGUUGAACUCGGUCGAAAAGUAUGAUAUACAAUUGGAUAAAUGGACUAUUGUCAAUAGCAUGGUGACGAGACGUAGUUCGGUCGGUGCUGCCGUUCUUGAAUGCUUCAAUUUGGAACGUGGCCUGGUGAAAACAACGAAUUUAUGACAUUUAAGCAGCAUACCGGAAAUGGGUAGCUCAACCAGUAGCAACACUACCAAUACCACCACAACGCCUCCAUUGUCGUCAUCAGUACCGAACACAUAACGAUUCUUUAAACUAUUCUGUCGAUAAAAUCAGUGGGCCUAUUGAUGAUCCACCAACUGAAAGUAUUUUACACAUUUCACGGAUAUAAUAUUCAAUUAUUUUCAACAGACAUUUUCACUUUUGACGCACGCGCGCACAUUUGCACACGCAAAGAAGUUACAAACGAUGUUAGCUCUUUGUCGCACGAAUUGACAGCGAUUUUUGCAGCUGAUUUUGAAUUGAAUGCAAUUUUUGAAUUUGUGGUCACUUAUUUGAUACCCGAAUUGUUUGAUUUGAAGCCAUUGUCAUCAUUGAAACCAAACAAUUUUCAUUUCAAGUAAGAAAAAAACAUAUUUUGUGCAAAAAUGCUAUGAAAAAAAAGGAUAUUUUCAAGGAAAGCAAUGAUUUUAGAAGAAGAAAAAACAUGGCAUUGUGUCAACUCAGGGCGAAAGUAGCGGAAUAACGGGUAUUUUACUUUGAAAAGUACCGAUAAAUCGGAGUCUCGGACCAUUCAAUUCAUUCCAAUUUUUCGUACCAAACGGUUUUAAUUCCGAUACAUUGGAAUCAUUGUUCCGUUACUUUCUCUCUGAACAUCUAACCAUAAAAUUUGCUACAUGAACUGCUAACAGCAGUGACGAUGAAUAUUUUGCCACAUUUCGUAACUUCUUUUGUGUGAGCGCUUGACUUUCGAAUCAAACCAAAUAAAUCUGCGAGAUUUUGAGCUCAUUCACAUUCCGACACAAGAACAACAAUAGCAACAAAGCUGUAUCUGAGCUGCAACAACAAAGAAACACGUAUUUACAAGGAAAAUGUACAAAAUAUAAUUAAUAUUGCCUUUUUCGGCGCUAAUUUUUACAAUAACAAUAUUUUCGAAAAGUGUUUGACAAAAUGUGUCUUUGUUAAUGUUCAUUCAGGCGAUAACGUUUGUAUGGAAGAGACAACCGAAGACAUGAAUACAACGCAACACUUGGGCACCAAACAUUUUAAGGCUUUUUAAACAAAAAAUUGCAAUGAUUAAUCACACGAUGUCAAAGAACACACACACACACACACACACACACACACAAAUGCAUCGACAAAUAUUUUUGCCAUUAAUAAAUCGCAUGUUGCUUGCUUGAAUCGACCCAUAAUUUGUGGAAAUUUUCCAUUGGAAAUCAAAUUCCAUUCAGUCAAACCCAGUGUGGAAAUAGAAUGACUAACAGUCACACACAGUCGUAUGUAGCCUCAAACAACUAGAACCGGCUAAGUUGAUUGAAUUCAAACAUUUUGUAUAGGAACCAUCACGUUUAGAGCUGAAUGUAACUCUAUUCUUUCAGCCAGACGACUAGUUUCGGACAUUUUGACUGAAGAGUAGCUAUCAGGCUACUUUAACUGAAGUUGACUACAAUCAUAUUGUUCGACGUAAUCAUUUCAGUCAGUCAAUAGCCCGGCAAAAGUUUCAAAUCAAUCAUCUGGUUACUCAGUGAAAAAAAAUUCCACACACGUCUAUAAUUGAUGCACACGAACCAAACAUCAAAACCAGAACAAAAACCAAGCAUAUUCCAAUACGGAACAAUAUUUUUUGAUUGGAUUUUUUUUUAAAUCGACUCUAAGUUGCACUGUGAUAAUCAUUCCAUUUUGGGGGGGCGGUAACGAAAAGUUGUUAAAACCAAUAAAUGUUGUCAAUGAACAUGUAAUUGAAUAAAUUUGAAAUAAAAAUCAAUUUACUUAGUUAGGAAAUAUUUGCACAUUGAUAUGAUUGCAAUGGCAACGGGUUUUUUUUCUCUCUUUCGUUCUUUCCGCCGCUUGAGCUUCGAUCAUCGUUUUCCCUGUGGAACGGAGAAAUGACAGUGUCGUCAUGACACGAUUCUCAUCUUCGAUAUUCACAAUGUUGAAUGACCAUGUCUUAAACUGUUUAGACGAUUAUUCCAAGUUUUUGAAGCAAUUUCACAAAUCUUUAAGUAUUUUUCAACAUCACUUAUUCAAAACACAUAUGAUGGAACAAAAAAACAUCAAUUUUUGAUUUGAACAAAUGGAAAAAAAAUAAAAGAAGAAAAAAAAACAACUUUCUGAACAAACAACAAAUAAACCAUGAUAGAAUAUAUGCAACAAUUUAAUUAAAAUAUGAAAUUAGCAAAAUUUAUUGAUAAAAUAAACGAAAAAAUCUUACAAAUUUAUUAAAAUUAAUUGUUUAAAUAAGAAGGUUAUCGUGGGAGGAAGGAGGUUUCGAAAAGGACGGAUUUUUCUGUCUGAAACAUCACUUUUGAAUUGAAUACCAAAUAAAUUUGUGCUUUACCGCUAACGUAACACAUAAGCUGGCUUUGAAUGUCUUUUCAAAUCUAUGAAAAAAAAAACAAAUCACUGGAAAUUGUUGCUGAAUGGUUUUGAAUUGCGAAUCGUUGACUUGGUUAGUGGCGAAUAGCAGAGUGUGUAUUUUUGCAUCGUGAAUGUAUUAAAAUAACACUUCAGGCGCCUGAGUCAAGAUGAUCAGCUCGGAUUAGACGUGCUUAGCUUAGACAAUAUCAAUUAGACAUACUAAGCUUAGGCAUGCUCAGCAGCAAAAAUACACUCUCUGGCGAUCAGCGAAAGCCAAUGGUCAAUGUUCAAACAUUCACAACAGAACAAAUACAAAAUAACGUUCAGAUUUCAUAUGAUAUAGGCUCGCGAGAGCAUUUUUGACAAACACACUUUUAACAAAACCAAUUUGAUAUAGCAUAAGACAAAACCAAAGCAAAAGCAUUUCAAUUAAUUUACAAGAAACCAGAACAUAAGUAUCUUUUUUCGAUUUGUGUAUCAAGAACCACUUUUUGGGUCAGUUUUGUAAUUUUCUCCGUUUAUUCGACCCAUUUCUGUCCAUAGUGGUGAAUGUGUGUACUACACAGAGUACCCUACAAGAAUUUUGCGAUACAUUGAGGUUUACGUCAACAUGUCGCCGUAAAGCAAAACCUUCCCGCGUCAUUCCGCAUUCUCAAUAUACAGGUUUACGCAAAAUAAUUACGCCGACAUAUCGCAUUGCGUAAACCUGUUAAUUCGAAUUUUAUCCAACUUCAUUACCUUGAAAACAUAAUAUCAAAUGGUUUUAUUUAAACUUUUCAUGUUGCUCAUCGUUGCUAAUGAGAAAUAAAAACUUAUUUAAAAUAAUUAUUGAGGAGAAUAAUCAGCCAUUGCAGCCUUCAAAAAUACAACAAGCUAAAUUUGAAUGAAGUUGAUCGCAGCUCAUGCAUUUUGUGACAACUAUUGUGGAAGGUUGGCGAUACGUUUGCGUGAACGUUGUCGCAACAUUCUUGUAGGGAGUGUAACAUCACAAAUAAAUAAGUAAAUUCAUUGCAGAGAUGCAACAAUUGCAUUGCAAAAAUGCACACAUCUGAGCAAAAGUGGGUUAAACGCUCUUGAUUUUCCCAACGAGUUUGUUGUGACGAAGGAAGUGCAAUUCCCUUUUUAUGAAAUACCAUUUGCACUUAAUCUGUGUCUAGCUUUCGUGUUGUGUACAUCAGUAGUAUUUUUGAGAACUUUAUCAGAACCAACAAAUCCAAAGAUAAAAAAAAACAUCUAGACAAUUUACCCAAAAUAUUUGUAGAAUUUUCGUUUUGUUUUGUUUCGUUCAUGUUUUAGCUUUGAAUAUUUUUUUGAGAUAAACAAACAAUAGCGAAAUAUUUGUAGUUUGUACAAAAAAGAGAAGAAUCAACUCAUUUCGACAAAUUGUGUAAAUAAUAUUUCACCGAGAA